AUGUGUUUCCUAAUCCAGAUUUAUGCUACUAGGAACGAUGACCCUCCACAUGCGUUUCAUAGGAGUCUGUUUGUGUUUAUUUGUAGAAAUCCGCUUUGCUGUAAGGUGAGGUGUUCAAGCAUUGCCUAG